CAAUAUUUGUGACUGGUUAAUGAUCAACCUCUUGACCUCAUGGCUGUUCCUGGUGUACAUCCAAAUCUCUCUCCUGUCUUCCCCUAAAAAAAAGAAAAGAAAAAAGAAAUCAGCAGGAAGUCAGAGUAUUCUAAAUGCUCACUAAAAUGGAGAGCAGUUCCUCACUUGUGAUGUUUCUCCUACUGAUGUGCUCCAUCAACAGCAGCUGUCCGUUUUCAUAUUCAGUGUUUAUGAGAAAAGACGAAGCACACGAGGUGCUGAAAGUUCAGAAACGUGCUAACUAUUUUCUAGAAGAGAUUCGUCCAGGGAACUUGGAGAGAGAAUGCAAUGAGGAAAAGUGUUCAUUUGAGGAGGCUAAGGAAAUCUUCCAUUCACAGGAGAAAACGAUGGAGUUUUGGUUCAAUUACAGAGGUUUAAAUCCAUGUAGUACAAAUCCCUGUAACAAUGGUGGAGUCUGCAAAAUAAGACACUACAAUUACUUUUGCAUCUGCCCCCCAAAAUUUGGGGGAGACAACUGUGAAAAAGAAAAGUUUGAAUGCUGGUAUAAGAACGGUGGGUGCUGGCAGUACUGCAGGGACAGCAGCAGCACCUUUCACGUGGUGUGUUCCUGCGCAAAGGAUUACACCCUGCAUGAGGAUGGGAAGAGAUGUGUGCAAGCAGCACCAUUUCCAUGUGGCCUGAUUAAAGCCAGGCUCCCGAGGGGACUGCAUGAGCACGGGGAUGACGUGGCCAAGUGGAAUGAGAGCAUGGAGGGCGCAGUUAGGCAAACGGAGCUGGAACAAAGUGCUGUUGGGGAAAAUGAGACCUUAAAGGAUGCCUUUGGGCAGAGCAUGCGCAUGGAGGGUGACGCUGGACUGCCAGCUGAGGUGGCAGGAGAUGCUUCCAGCUGGAACAAGACACUGGUGGACUCUGUGACCCAGAAGCCGCUGGGGGAUGGUGCUGCUGGGCAGGAGGCGGGUGUCCCUGAGCACGGUGAGGCAGCGGAGGGGACCGCCAGGCCUGGCAAGCCUGGGAGAGGCCCGGCUCCGUGGAGCGAGCUGACCCAGGGCCCUGCAUGGCAGAACGAGACCACAGCGCCUGCUGCCAGGCAGAAGGACAUGGUGGAAAACGCUGCUGGGCAAAACCAAACAGGGGAGAGCGCUGGCCAGAACAAAACGGAGGCCAUUCAAACCGUGCAUGAUGGGCUUAAUCAGAGCAGUGACCGGGGAAAUGUUUCAGACACACCUCAGUUCGUCCAGAUAAACGUCAGCUCUACUUCAGAGCACAGUGACUCCAGGAUAACAGGAGGAACUUUGUGUCAUCGUGGACAUUGCCCCUGGCAGGUUUUGAUCCGGAAUAGUAAAGAUAUUGGUUUCUGUGGAGGGAGUUUAAUCAGCAGUCGCUGGGUGGUCACUGCUGCUCACUGCCUUGAUCUCGUCAGACCACACCAUGUUACCAUAGGAGACUUUGACAAAUAUCAAAGAGAAUUCAAAGAACAGAAGAUUGAUGUGGAACGGAGCUGGACACAUCCACAUUAUGAUUCAAAUGAUUACAACAGUGACAUCGCCUUGUUGUACUUGAGCAGUGACGUUGUUUUUAAUGAGUAUGCAAUUCCCAUCUGCCUCCCAAGCCCUAACCUUGCCACCCUGCUGUCUGAAGAAGGAAGAAUAGGGAUGGUAAGCGGAUGGGGUGCCACUCACAACAGAGGUUCAACUCUGCGCUUCCUCAUGAAAGUCCGGCUGCCCAUUGUAAACAUGGAGACCUGUCAGCGGUCAACAGACAGACUCGUUACUGACAACAUGUUCUGUGCAGGUUACAACACUGAGGCUGCAGAUGCCUGCAAAGGGGACAGCGGUGGCCCUUUCACGGUGUCUUACCACAACACUUGGUUUCUUUUGGGGAUUGUAAGCUGGGGUGAGGGCUGUGCUGAGAAAGGAAAAUACGGUGUAUAUACGAGAGUGUCCAACUACAUCCCGUGGAUUAAAGAGAUUGUUGAAAGUGUAGCAGAGUCGAAAAACUUUUCCAUUAACUUUUCUUAAUACCAUCUUUAAAAGCAGGGACAAUUCUAUAUUACAGAGUGUCUCAGUCUCAGACACUAUGCAGUUCCUGUCCUUAACGGUGUAAAAUCAAGACUAUCUUCAAAGAAAUUCUGAGUCUCUGUCUACCGUAAAUGGUUAAAUUGUCCAUUCAAGUAUUACUGAGUAAAAUACUUAUAUAUAAGUAUAAUUAGUAUAAUAACUGUUCUGCAAAUUACAAAGGAGACAACUACAACUUAAUGUAAAUUCCUAUUAGCAAGGGUUUUUUGUUUGUUUGUUUAGCUUUUUGAGAAAAAGCUUUCAAUUUCUCCAGCCUACAUGCAUAUCACAAAAACAGGCAAAUAGUCCUCUGUGUGAAUUACUUGCUUAGAAAAGGAAGUGCAAUUCUGGUAGUGUUCUCUGUGCUCUAGUUAUGAAACAGCAC